CCGGAGAUCAUCAUGACAGCUUCCAAGACUCCGACACAAGCCCAGGUCUUCCCGGGCAAGGGCCUGGGGUUCAUAAGCAUGAUAGCUCUCGGUGCUUCACUUCACAAUGUUUUGAGCCGAGUUAAAUCCCAUCCACAGUCCUACCCCGCUAUCGAUAUUGCCUACUCCUCUUCGGACCCUCUACGCAAGCCCGUGACUCUACAACUGCCCUCUAAUGGUCUUCGUCUACGUUUCGAUGGCCCUGACCAGAGGCUGCGGCUGAUAGAAGUACUAGACUUCUCCAAAAUCACUCUAGUCUACAAGAAUCAAGAAGUGCUCAAAGGAGUGAAGCCACAAGAGCAAUCACCUUCUCAGCAGGGCCCCAGUUUCCGCCAUGUCUACAACCGCCUUUUUGGUCCAUCAUACCCAGGCGAAUACGUACCUCCACCAUCUAACACUCCGUACGGCACAUACGUGUUAUCAUAUCCUGGGAUCGCCUUUUCUUUUCCGCUACAGAAUUCCGCAUGGUCUGACCAGUGUGACUUUGUGGCAUUACUCUCUUCAUCGGCAGCAUUACCAGCCACGUCAAUGGCGAUAUUCCAAGGCCCUUCUUGGCCAGAUGUUCGAGCUAAAUUGUUCACACAGCAGCCCCAGUAUCCCCGCUCACCGGCACUAGCGGGUAAAAAUAGAGAGUCUGCCUCCGAUGAGAUUGAAGAGUUCAACAUAUUUGGUGCGGGCAAGAUCGAAGUGGUUCGAAGAUCAAAUCCUCCGGCCUACAUUACCCUAUCCGAAACAACACCCCAAGAUUUAAUCGCUGAAUUUGGACCACCGGACGCUAUAUAUCGUAAGAAUGAUCGGAGAAUAUCAAUCCAUCGUGCUGCAGGCAGCGGCGGUGGUGCUGAUCAUCUUCACAUGAGUCCAUCUCCAGGUAGAGGGAUUGACGUUGCCGAUACAGAUCAAUCUUCAAACAAUAGUGUGACUGAUGAUUCAGAUGAGGAGGUUUCCCAGGCCAGUGCUCUGGACCCCGCCUCGUUGCCGACAGAAUCCUUCUUCAACUAUUUUCACCAUGGCUUUGAUGCUUUUAUCUCGUACCCCACCACACCCGGUCCUGCGUUCCCGGGUUCGGGGUUGUCGGACCCAUCUCCCCCACCUCCUUCCUCCCAGUUGACUGUAACCAAGAUCGUCUUACAUGGCAACGUCCCAGGAUCGUAUCCUUUUAACCGUCACCGACGCAGUCGCUGGAACAUCGGCUUCAACCCGUCAGGGGAUUGUGUCACAUCCGAGACCCCUUAUGACGAGAUCUCUGAACAACUCCGGAGCAUUUGGAAGGGAUCUUAUGCAAGCGCUGCAGAAGAGCGUGCUCUGCAACGGCCCAUGGUGUUGAACCGGGGCUGGGGCGACAGCCCUGAAAGUAGUGUCGAGUUUCUCGGUGGAUGGGAAGAAAGUACUGGCAGAGGACAUAGAGCGGGCCCUGAUGGACAAGAUGGAGGUCUUGGGAAUACGGAGUUAUUUGGAUUCCCUGGGCUCCUCUUUGAAGUGAUGAAGAACGGCGCUCAUCCAUUUCCGCUCGCUCAUCAACUUGGUCUUCCAACUCAAUUGAACUUCCUUCGAGGCAGGACAUGCUCCAGCGGUAGUAUGCCGGAACUGCCGCGGUCGAUCGCUCGGUCCUGGUCGUCGACACUCAAGCUCCCCAAGUCGACGUUCCCCGCACGCGUGUCGCCGGCCGACCAGACGAAAUACCUUCAACGAUGCACCGACGACCUCUACGCCUGGCAACGCCAUGAAAGACCUGCGGAAAAGCCAUUCGUUUUACACGAUGGGCCUCCGUAUGCGAACGGAGACCUCCAUGUUGGACAUGCACUGAAUAAGGUUCUUAAGGAUAUCAUCUGCCGUGUGCAGCUGGGAUUGGGGAAAAGAGUGCGCUAUGUCCCCGGCUGGGACUGCCAUGGCCUUCCCAUUGAACUCAAGGCAUUGCAAGGACAGAAGGAAUUGGGCGCGACAGAUGGAUCGGUCAGUGCUGCUGUGAUCCGGAAGGCUGCGCGAAAACUUGCAGGAAAGACAGUCAAAGAACAGAUGAAAGGGUUUCGCCGAUUCGCUGUUAUGGCUGAUUGGGAGAAUCACUGGAAGACCAUGGACAAGAGUUUUGAAAAGAGACAACUCGGUGUUUUUCGGGAAAUGGUUGACAAGGGCUUGAUUUAUCGGAGAUUCAAACCCGUUUACUGGUCCCCAUCUACUGGCACGGCACUUGCGGAAGCAGAACUGGAAUACAAGGAUGACCAUGUUUCUACGGCUGCUUUGGUCAAGUUUCCCAUCGUUACGCUUCCCUCUCGCCUGGCUGAAGACCCUUUGCUUAAGAAUCAAGAUAUCAAUGCUGUUAUUUGGACUACCACCCCCUGGACACUCCCCUCAAACGCCGUUAUCGCAGUGCAUGAGUCUUUGGACUACACCAUUGUUCGGUCAGAGACACACGGUCAUCUCCUUAUUGCGCAAUCCCGGUUAGAGUAUCUUCAGAGCACACUGAAUGAAGAGCUAUCAGUUGUGAUACCGUCUAUCCUUGGUUCAGAACUCGCCGAACACACAACGUAUCGACACAUGUUCAAGGGACCAGAUGCGGAAGUUCAGCCCAUAAUCGCUGCGGGUUUUGUUACUGCUGAUUCUGGAUCCGGUCUUGUUCACUGCGCGCCUGGACACGGUAUGGAUGAUUAUGAAGCCUGUGUUGCUCGAGGUAUCCCUGCUUUCGCACCAGUCAACGAUCAUGGCGAGUUCACCGACAAAGCGAUGCCUAGCGACCCAUCUAGGUUGAGCGGCAAAAACGUUCUUACUGAAGGAAACUCUGCUGUGCUGGAAUAUGUUGAAAGCAAGGGCCAACUCCUUGCCAAACAUCGUUACCAGCACAAAUAUCCCUAUGACUGGAGAUCAAAACUUCCUAUCAUCAUCCGUGCUACCGAACAAUGGUUUGCUGAUGUGGCCGAUAUCCGUGGGAGUGCAGUCAAGGCCUUGGAAGAUGUUCGGUUCUUCCCUACCACUGGAAAGCAACGGCUAGAGAACUUUGUAAAGAACAGAAGCGAAUGGUGUAUUUCUCGCCAGCGGGCUUGGGGUGUUCCUAUACCUGCUCUCUACCAUCGUGGCACAGGCGAAGCUGUACUUACUCGGGAUAGUGUUUCGCAUAUCAUGGCGGUUAUUGAUGAACGUGGUGUGGAUGCCUGGUGGACGGACGAUGCAAAUGACACUGCGUGGAUUCCUGAAUCCUUACAGGAGGCAUCCGGGCCUGGCUACAGACGUGGAACUGAUACCAUGGAUGUCUGGUUCGAUAGCGGCACUAGCUGGACGGAAAUUGGAACUUCUGCCCACAGUGAUGGCUAUCCGGCAGACGUCUACCUGGAGGGCACUGACCAACACCGUGGAUGGUUCCAGUCGGGGCUUCUCACAUUCAUUGCUCAUCAGCUUGCAUCUGGCCAGGAAGCUGCGCCUCGUGCCCCUUUCAAGAACCUUAUCACUCAUGGCUUCACCCUUGAUGAAGAUGGCCGCAAAAUGAGCAAGUCUAUUGGCAAUGUGGUGCACCCACAAUCCAUCAUGGAUGGAACCCUCCUACCUCCACUCAAGCCAAGGAAAGGCAAAGGAAAGAAGCAACCGGAGAACCAAGCCCCUGUGUACGAUGCGCUUGGUCCCGAUGCGCUUCGUAUGUGGGUUGCAAGCAGCGAUUACACGCGUGAUGUUGUUAUUGGAAAGCAGGUACUUCAAACCGUCAACACAAGUUUACACAAGUUUCGUGUGACCUUCAAGGUUCUGCUGGGUGCGCUUUCGGACUUCCACCCGGACCAUCUGCUCCCGUAUGAUCAGCUGCAAAAGGUUGACCAGAUUGCCCUUUUGCACCUCUCUGAGAUGGUCCUCAGCUGCCAGAAGGCUUGCGAGAACUUUGAGUUCUACAGAGCCAUGAAUUCUAUGAACCGAUGGGCCAACCUUGAAUUCUCGGCAUUCUACAUGGAGGCCAUCAAAGAUAGACUCUACACGUAUGGAGAGAACAGCGCCAGCAGACGUGCUGCGCAAACGACGCUGUUCCAUGUCUACUGUCAUCUCCAAGAGGUUCUUGCUCCUAUCACUCCCAUGCUAGUAGAAGAAACGUGGGAGCACACACCGGAAGCAAUCCGGUCCUACUGCGAACAUCCUCUGAAGCGCGUCGUUGCUGCACCCGCGUCCGAAUGGCAGAACUCAUCGCUCGAGGCUGAUUACCAAAACAUCGUUGCCAUUAAUUCGGUUGUCAAGAAUGUGCAGGAAAUUGCUCGUGGCAAGAAACAGCUGGGAUCUUCUUUGCAAUCCUUCGUUCAUAUCGCUCUUCCUGAGGGCACAUCAGCCGAUUCCGUUUUCCACCGUUACCUUUCCGAACUGCCUGACUUGUUUGUGGUUUCGUCCGUGACCAUUGGCACACACGGUGAGCCCACUUCAGCCGCAAUUGCGGACGCAGAAUGGCAAUAUACCGAAACGGUAGAACUCCCUGACGGGCAGAAAGGCAGUGUGUCUAUCUACGCUCCGCAGGCUUCCAAGUGCCCUCGAUGCUGGCGCUACGCUGUCCCGGAACCCCCGGCAGCUGAAGAGAUGCUCUGCGACCGCUGCGAAGAAGUUGUUCAAGAGCUUGAUGCAUCCACUGGCAAGACUGAGGCAGCCUAACGGGGCUGAAGUAGGACUACAUGGAACAUUCUUCAUACUCCCCUGUACCAUAAUUUUGGAUCUAAACCUAAACUCUUUGUAUUAUAAAAUGUAGCGAAAUAUACACACAUUUACUCCAUAUUACCAAG